UGGCAAGUCGAGAGAUUCGAUCCCACAGCAGCAGCAGCAGCAGUGGUGAUGGCAGCAGAGGCGGCAGCACGCAUUCGCCGAAACAUACGGGAAGCAGUGCUGACGGCGGACAGAGGGACGUGUUUUUUGGAAAUGACGGACCGGCGGACAAGUCAUCGCUGCCACAGACGCCCUUGAGCUCUCCUGCAGGUGUCGAGCCAAUUAGCCCCAAGAUGGUGAGUGUUUUAAGCGUACCCAUGUGUCAUUUUUUGAUUCGUUUUUCUCUGUUGAUGCCAAGGCUCUAACUUUUUUACAGGCGAUUUCGUACGAUUUACUUUGCUUUUAGAUUAUGCGCUACCUCGACGAAUAUGUAAUUGGCCAGGACCGAGCAAAGAAGACGUUGUCUGUCGCCGUGUACAACCACUACAACCGUGUGCGGGCGAAUACGCUCAGGCGGCAGCGUGAGCAGUUGUCGGAGGCAUUUGCAGCGGCAACUUCAGCAGCAGCAUCAGCUCCGGCGCCGUCAGUCUAUUCUACUCCUCAGCCACGCCCAUUCACUGACCCCUUUGAUCGACAGAUUCAGCCUAGUCAAGUAGGGCGCAAUGGCACUGGCAGCGCGUAUCCCAAUCAGAACCCGUUUGUCAGCCGCCCGUGGAAUGGUGCAUUUGACAAUAGCAGCGAUAACAAUGGGAUUUUUGCUUCAGAGACGGUAGACUCGGCCGCUCCGUCUCCGACCUCAGCCUCUUCUGCCGCCGGCUCUAAUACGGUCAAUCCGCCAAAGGAUCACCAGGGUGGUGCCAGCAAGAACACCUCUUCUUCUUCAGAGCAGCAGCAGCAGCAGCAGCAGUCAGUCUUUGCAGCACCUGGCGACACCUCGUUGUUCGAUACAAUGCUGGACAAGAGCAACGUGCUUCUGCUUGGGCCGACAGGGUCAGGAAAGACCCUGCUUGCAAAGACGCUGGCUCAAGUUUUGGACGUGCCCUUCUCGAUAUCUGAUGCGACGCCUCUGACGCAGGCUGGAUAUGUCGGCGAGGACGUCGAGAUUGUCAUCCAGCGGCUUCUGCAGAGCUGCGACUAUGACGUUGCGCGCGCCGAGCAGGGUAUCGUGUUCAUAGACGAGAUUGACAAGAUUGCGCGCAAGCCCGACUCGUUCUCCAUGUCCAAAGACGUGUCGGGCGAGGGCGUGCAGCAGGGCCUGCUGCGCAUGCUUGAGGGCACCGUGUCGGGCCAUGGAAGCGGCAACAACGGGAAUGGCAGUGCCAGUGGCUCCUACCCGCCGCCGCCGCCGCCGCAGGGCAUGGGCCAUCUGCCGCAGGGCCCGCCGCCGGCGACAGCUCCAGGCGGCUCUGGCAUCCUCAACAGCCCUGUUCGGCGUGGCAACGGGCUGCCAGGAGCAUUUGGCCCGUCGCCAGGCGGUAACGGCAGUGGUGGCGCCAGCGGCGGCAAGGGCGACGUGUACCAGGUCAACACUAACAACAUUCUGUUCAUCCUCAGCGGUGCGUUCGUCGGGCUCGACCGCAUCGUCAUGGAGCGCGUUGCCAAGGCGUCAAUUGGGUUUGGCAACCCGGUGCGCAAGCUUGGAGACACGUCGUCGCCAAUCGACCUGCAAGCAAUGAACGUGGCGCCCGUGAGCUUUGUGUCCAGUGCUUCUUCAGCUUUGGCCGAGCCGUUCAACCCGCUGGACUACACAGAGCCCAGUGACCUGAUUAGAUUUGGGCUGAUCCCCGAGUUCAUUGGGCGCCUCCCCGUGGUGACCAGCGUGGGUGCGCUGAACAAGGAUGCACUGGUGCGCGUGCUCGUGGAGCCCAAGAACGCGCUGGUGCGGCAGUACGAGGCGCUCUUGGCGCUGAGCGGCGCGCACCUGCAUAUCACGCGCUCGGCGCUGUACAGCAUUGCGCAGCAAGCUAUCGACAAGCAAACGGGGGCGCGUGGGCUGCGGCGGAUUAUGGAGAAUCUGCUGCUGGAUCCGAUGUUUGACUGCCCUGGAACGUCGAUUCGCCAUGUUGUCAUUGACUCGCAGGUGGCGGCGUUCAAGAAGCGGCCCAUGUACUUUGCCAAAAUCCAGGAGGCCGACGUCGAGGCUGCUGUGUGGGCGGACGACCACCAGGGUGAGCCGCUGAGGAGCGCCAGCAGUGCUGAGUCCAGGCAUCCGCUGAAGGCGGCGGCAGCAUCGGCGUCAUCGGCCUAGCUGGUGGUGUUGAUUUUAAUUAUUUGAUCCGCAUUUAAUUAAAAUGUUGUUGAUUUGCUCUGUCUGCACUAUUGCAAUCAAGCGAGUUGAAGAAUGCGGGAUUGGCUUUUUUGAAUCGGGCACGAUGACGAAAGAUCAUUUUUCACACUUUUCCCCUCUCGUUUGUUGUUGUUGUUGGCUGUCAA